CUUUGCGCAGCAGUUGCGCAGCUGUGCCAUCAAAACAGAAAGUAGCCUACAUAUUAGGCACUUUUCCGUGUUCCAUUCGCUCAUUAAUGAACCAGGUUUUGUCGCAUCUGUUAAACAAAAAGGAACAUAAAAUCAUUACCGACUAGACGUUAUGGCAUUGCGGGCAUGUGGAUUUGUCAUAUUUCGGCGUUUGACCCAGCACCAUCCCCCUGAUAAUAUAGAGUUCCUGCUACUGCAGACGUCCUAUGGGGAACACCACUGGACACCACCCAAAGGUCAUGUUGACCCUGGAGAGGACGACUUCACCACCGCCCUGAGAGAAACACAGGAAGAAGCGGGUUUAGGUAAAGAUCACCUGCGUAUGGUCGAUGGCUUCCUGCAGAGGUUGCGCUAUCAGGUCCGGGGAAAGGACAAAGAAGUCCUCUACUGGUUGGCAGAGCUCCGUGACCCAAACACACAGGUCAUUCUUUCAGAGGAACACCAGGAUUACCGCUGGGCCAAACUAGAGGAAGCCUGCAAGCUGGCAAAAUACCAGGACUUACAGGACACACUUACAGCAGCACAGCGGUAUCUAGAAACACAGUGCAAACAGUGACAUUUACACUUGGUUUUGACAUUUAGACACUGGCAGAGUUGAAUACUUGCAUUCAUCUUUAUAAAAUUAUGUAUGUGUAAAGAGACAUUUUACUUCCGUCCUUUUUGCAUCUCUACUUGCUAAGCUGAAUUUAAUUUGAACUCAUAAGAAGUUGCUUCCACAUGGUUAAAAAUGUUAAGAUAAACUCACAACUACUAAAUCUCCACCAACAAACAAAACAAAGCCUCCAUUCAUUUUAAAGAAGGUUCCGGAUUCAGUACAAGUUAAGCUCUAAUGACGCCAUCUGUGGAAAGCUGUUAAUUACCACAGAAAAUAAUUGAGUCGCCCUACAAAAAACGCACUGAAACACUUAAAAUGGAAGUGUAGCAUGCUUGUAAGUGCAUUUUGACACCAUUUCAACAUUUUUUAUCAACAUUGUGCUUCAUAAAGCUUAAAUUGUGUAUAUAGUUUACCUAAAUAUGAAAGAUUUAUAAUCAUUUACUCACCCUUAAGUUGAAUUGAAUUUCUGAACACAAAAGAAGAUAUUCUGAAGAGUAUGAGUAACCUAACAGUCAAAAAAACUAUGGAAGUCAAUGGGGUCCAUUAACUAUUUGCUUACCGACAUUCUUCAAAAUAUCUUUUUUUGUGUUAAACAGAAGAAAGAAAUUCAUACAGGUUUGGAACAACUUGAGGGUGAGUAAAUGAUGACAGAGCUUUCAUUUUUGGGUAAACUGUCCCUUUAAGGCAAGUCUUGGGAUGACACUGUGGACCUUGGACACUUUUUAUACACCUAAUUAUCCAAUCUAAUUGUCACUUUUGUUUCCACAAAAGCCUCUCCACAUACUGUACAUUUUUUCGAUGUUGCAGUUUAAGUAACUAGUAAUUGAGUGAAUCAGAAAUGUAUCAAUUGUAUGCAAGUUAUUUUGCUAACUCUUGCAUCAUACAGAUUGUCCUAAAUUAACUCAAAUGAAACCAGUAAAUGAAACCACUGCUCAUGAA